CCUCAGUUUCCCUCCUUCGAUUUGAGAGAGAAAGAGGAACUGAGCUGAUGAGUCAGGGUUACUAGGUACUCGUUCUCACUAUGGAAGGAAGCGUCUUAGUUGAUUCAGAGACGUGUGGCAGAGGAGGUGCUGUCUUAGGAAAGUCAAUAUCUGCUUUCUUUUGAGAUUGCCAAGCUGAUAAUUUUAUUAAGGUGGGCCACCAAAUAGCUGAAGAUCCAAAAUUCUCGUUUCAAUUUGCGGCUGCUGGGCAACAAAACACAGAAAGCAAAAGUGCUGAAGGGAGAUUUUCUUGGGGGUCCAACGAAGAAAAUGCUGACUGACAUAACAAAUUUGCAGCAGGAGCAUCUAAAGCCAUCAAACCAACCUGCAAAAAAGCAAUCUGCUACCCUAGGAGUUGACGAGUCUACCGGCCAACUUCUGAAGGAAAAUACCAUGCUAAUGAAGCUGCUGGCAAGCAGAAACGCUAUCAUAGAAUCAAGCAAAGCAGAGCUACAGAAAUUGCAAAGCGAUUUUCAGAAACUGAGUAUGCAAAAUGUGGAUCUUGCUCGGGCAAAUAGCCAGAUGUUGGCGGAACUUAACUCUAGUAGACAGAGGCUGAGGGAACUCCAGCUUGAAUUAGGAUGCAAAAAUGGUAUACUCAGAGCUGUGAAAUUAGAAUCAAAGACUUCAAAAUUGAAAGAUGAAGUCACUGCAAAUGAGAGUCAGCAAUCAGGUCAAACUUUUAAAGCAGAUGGAAGAGCGGAUAAUCUUUCCAAUGCGAAAAGGAUAAAAGUGUCUAAAUCGCAAUCUUCUGGAGCUGCUAUCAUUAAACAAUCUAUCGCCAAAGAGAAGGUUGACAAGCAAAGGCGCUGUUUGAGGAGGCAGUCUGUGGGGUUCAAGCCUGAAGAGCCAGGGCUCACAGAAGAUUCCUUAGAGACUGAUAACACCAAAUCAUGUGUAUCUCAUCUAAAAGAAAAUUUGGUUAAAAGGGAAGGACUAGCAUCAUCGGGAACAACAGUUAGAGAAGAAGCUGGAGUAGACACUGAAUCUGCAGGACCUCCUUCCAUUGUGCAACCUCCCUUGGGGAACAUUGAAAACAGAAGGCAAAGUUUGAGAAGGCAAUCUGCUAGGUUUAGGACUGAAGUAUCAGAACCGACUGAAGAAACCAGAGAAGACACUGAACUUUCAGGGUUUCCUACCGUUGAGCAAGUUGACACAAAGGAGAAUGUUGAUGAGAGAAUUAUAAGAAGGCAAUCUGCCAGGUUCAAGCCUGAAGAUCCUAAACCAACUGAAGACUUGUUUGAGAUUGAUGAUCCAAAAUUUGCUGUCCUUUUACAUGAUAGCUUGGUUAAGAGAAGCAGUCCAACAACCUCAUGUGUGGAUUCUGGACAACAAAACAAGGAAAACAAUUCCGUUAAGUUUGACCCUCAGGAAGUUCGAAGAUCAUCGGUUGGGAGGCCACUACGUCAAGCCGUCGAAAAGGUUCGGAGCUACAAGGAAAUUCCAAGGAAUGUGAAGCUGCGCAGAGCUGACUGAGUUAUAGUUGGCUGUCUGUUUUAUUUUCAGUCCUUGGCCAGUUUGUUGUCUGCUUGACAAUUAGCAGUUUAUAGAUGUGAAAAGCAAAGUGAAGUCCAUGGUAUUAAAAAUGCAAACCGAAGCCUGUUCUGUUGCGAUCACCCCUUGAUAAUGAAAUGGAGAACACGAUAAACUAGAUAUGUGCUGAUUACUGAUAUACUAGUCGACAUUUAUUUGCCCUUUUGAUUACUGAAUAUAAACUACUAAAGUUCUUGGUGCUUCAA